CUACAGCUCCCGGCGAGCUCCGGCAGAGGAAAGCCUUCGCAUCCGCCGCCGCCGCCGCCGCCGCCGCCGCCUUUCCGCCAGCGGCCCGGGAGCGACGCCGUUCUGGCCGCCUCGUCCGCCCCGCGGCGCCGUUUGCAGCUGCCAGAGAUGUUUCCCGAGGCAGCGGCAGCCGCGCCGGUGUAAGCCCGCCGCCGCCCCGCGCUCCUGCCCUCUCGUCCCGCAGAGCGCCCAGCAUGUCUCCGGCGCUGCUGGUGCUCUGGCUGUGGCUGGGCUCCGGCGGGGCGCGCGGCCUCGGAGGUGCCCCGGCGGCGCCGACCGGGCUGCGGCUGCCCCUGCACAGCGCGCUGCCUGGAGCGCCGCCGCCGGAGGGGCGGGCGCGGCGCUCGGCCGAGGAGCGGGACCAGCCCCGGCGCCGCGCCGCCGCCAGCAGCUUCGUGGCCAUGGUGGACAACCUGCGGGGCAAGUCGGGGCAGGGCUACUACGUGGAGAUGACGGUGGGGAGUCCCCCGCAGAAGCUGAAUAUCCUGGUGGACACAGGAAGCAGUAACUUCGCUGUGGGUGCAGCCCCUCAUCAGUUCCUGCAGCGAUACUACCAGCGCCAGCUCUCCAGCACCUAUCGGGAUCUGCGGAAGGGGGUCUACGUGCCCUACACGCAAGGGAAGUGGGAAGGAGAGCUAGGCACGGACUUGGUGGCCAUCCCUCAUGGCCCAAACGUCACGGUCCGCGCCAACAUCGCUGCCAUCAUCAAGUCGGACAAGUUCUUUAUCAAUGGCUCCAACUGGGAAGGCAUUCUGGGCUUGGCAUACGCUGAGAUUGCCCGGCCGGAUGACAGCCUGGAGCCCUUCUUUGACUCACUGGUGAAGCAAACCCAGGUGGCCAACAUCUUCUCCCUGCAGCUGUGUGGAGCAAGCUUCCCGACCAAUGACUCGGAGGCCCUGGCAUCCGUGGGGGGCAGCAUGAUCGUUGGGGGCAUCGACCAGACCCUCUACAGGGGCAACAUCUGGUACACACCCAUCCGGAAGGAAUGGUACUACGAGGUCGUCAUAGUCAAGAUUGAGAUCAACGGGCAGGAUCUCCAGAUGGACUGCAAGGAGUACAAUUACGACAAGAGCAUUGUGGACAGCGGGACCACCAACCUUAGGCUGCCUAAGAAAGUCUUUGAGGCGGCGGUGAAGUCCAUCAAGACAGCUUCCUCGACGGAGAAGUUCCCAGAUGGCUUCUGGCUGGGGGAGCAGUUGGUUUGCUGGCAAGUGGGAGCAACCCCCUGGAACAUCUUCCCGGUCAUCUCACUCUACCUGAUGGGCGAGACCACUAACCAUUCCUUCCGGAUCAGCAUCCUGCCCCAGCAAUACCUGAGGCCUGUGGAGGAUGUGGCCACCUCUCAGGACGAGUGCUACAAGUUUGCCGUCUCCCAGUCCUCCACUGGCACCGUCAUGGGGGCAGUGAUCAUGGAGGGCUUCUAUGUGGUCUUUGACCGGGCCCAAAAGCGCAUCGGCUUUGCUGUCAGCUCUUGCCACGCACAGGACGCAUUCCGGACGGCUGCGGUGGACGGGCCUUUCCUGCACCCUGACAUGGAGGACUGUGGCUACAACAUCCCCCAGACGGACGAGUCGACGCUGAUGACCAUUGCGUACAUCAUGGCAGCCAUCUGCGCCCUGUUCAUGCUCCCCCUCUGCCUCAUGGUCUCGCAGUGGCGCUGCCUGCGCUGCCUCCGCCGCGGCCACGGUGACUUUGCUGAUGACAUUUCCCUGCUGAAGUGAGCGCUGCCUGUGCCGGCAGUCGUGGCUGGGCAGGGAGCACGGGGGCCAUUGUCCCCUCUCCUGGGGCUGCUGCGGCCUCUGCCCCUGCCAUGGGGGAGUGGCUGCUGCCACUGCUGCUGCUGCCCAGAGCCCACUGCAACCACCACUCUCCAGCCAGUGGUGGGCAGAGCAGUUGGCAGGACCAAUGGUGGCGGAGGAGCCGCCCCCUUUGCUUCCAUGGGGCACUCAGAGUUCCACCCCACCCGGGCGGCUGACGAGGCUGGUGGGAAGAGAGCAGCACCAGCGGCUGGCAGGAGGGCUGGGCCGGGCCGGGGUGGGGCCCGUCUUCUGUACGGCGAGCCCCAGGACCUUUUCUCCCAUGCUCUGAAUCUGCCUGUGACCGUGACUGCUGCCGCUCGUGCGACACAGAAGCAUUCGGUGGAAAGGGGGGGCUCCCUAGCAACGCUUCUUUGUAAUUUAUUAAGGGGGGGUUGCGUGCUUGUGUGUCUUUAAAAUAUAUCAAUAAUUACGAAACCGAAAGGGGGCCACAAGAGCCCACUUUCAGAGUCUUCGGAUGCCUGCCGCUUGGAACUUUGGUGACACCACUUCAAGGACACCCCUCCCCCCCCCAUGCCUGCUAGGAGCAGGGAUCAGCUCAAGAUGAGGGACCUACUUCACUGGUGAAGGGAUCACUGGACCUUUUCUAGGGUGGAUUAAGUCUGGAUGGAAGUAAACUUUUUUUAAAUUCCAGGAGUUGAGAAGGUGAUGGCUAUAAUGGGGGCAGUUGCCUCUUCAGGGGUGGGGACCUUUCCUGCAGCUCUGCCUGUCCUUGUGCUGCCCUUCCUCCUUUGCCCACUGGGUGGGGAAGCUUUCUCUGGCAGGUCCAGGGAACUUUCCUCCUCCAGGUUCUGGUAGUGAGGCCCCAUGAGCUGGCCUUUGGGGUCAGCACAAGGCUCCCAGCUUCUCUGGAGGGUGAUGGAACUGUGCCACUGGGCAGAGUGCCUGCUGGCAGGAGCAGGAUCUGCUCAAAGGCUCAGAAGGCCAGAGGAUGCUGUUGGACCGGGCAUUGAGUUCGAUUCGAGGGAGGUGUGUCCUCACAUGUCAGUGGAAUCCCCGCAUGGUUGACCUCAGUAGGAACGGCUGAUCCCUUGAUGCAAAGCACAGGGGCAGCUGAAGCAGCGGCCUUCCUCUGGCACUUCUUCCUCUGAAAGGAAUGCAAAUGUACUGCCCCUUUCUGUGGAUCUGGCCCAGGUUCUUUCCUCCUGUCCUUGGCCCAAGAAGGUCAGAUUACUGCUCUGCUGAAGUGAGGAUUUGAAGUCAAAGCAGCCCUGUUGGGGCUCAGGAAGAUGGCCUGGGGCUUGGGGGCCCAAAGGCCUUGGGCAGUUGGUGGCUGCCUACGGAAUGGUCAGAGGCCUCUUUCCUUGGCAGCCUGCAGUCUUGCCUGCCAAGGAACCACUGGCUGUCUUCCAUGCUCCGUUGGCAGCCAGCCAUGGGCCCCGACCAGCCCUUUCCUGGGCUGGGCUGGGUCUCCAUUGCUGUCAACAGCUUUGGCUGUUUGGAACGCUCCUUGGGAAACCCUUUGCUCAGACGCUUGCUGGGGGGGUGGGGGGUGGGUGGGAAGGGGACAGCUGCGUUCAGUGUGCUUGUAUAGUAUUUUGUAAAUAUUUGUAGUAAUGGCUGCCCAAUCUUCCCAUUUUGUCUCAAAUGCAAAUGGAGGAAAAAGCCAGAUAACCUU